UCGGUUAUCGGUUGUAUGCUCGUGUAUGCUCCUGCGUGUUCAUACCGGUGUACACUCACGUCCUACUGUGUGCUCGCGCUCACGUCCUACUGUACUCAAGCCCCUGCCCCUUUUGUCUAAAAGUGCGGACGUAUUUACGCUGAGGUGGAGCGGAAGGCGGAUUUACCUUUUUAGCGCUUUACAGCCGCAUUUUAGCCGCGAGUCUUCAAAACAAGAGCAGCAGACAGCAAAACCCAAACCGACUGUGAGGGUGAAUCCUAAGAGCUUCAUCUACACUGGAGACACCAUCAUUCUGAGCUGUGAGCUGCAGAAGACGACUGGAUGGGAGUUUCAAUGGUACAAAAAUAAUGAGAAUUUACAGAAUCAGUACAGUAAACAAGCAAACACACUUAACAUGACAGCCGUCAGUGCAGGAGAAGCAGUGUACCAAUGUAACGCACGCAGGAAAAACAGUUUCAACUAUGAAGAAAACUACUAUUACACAGAACCCAGUAACCCUGUGAAGAUUACAGUGAGAGAAGCUCCAUUCUCAGUGCUCAUGCUGAUCAGUAGUGUAGUGACGGCAUCUCCAUAUCUGCUGAUCACCAUCAUUCUGCUCGUCAAAUGUUACAGAGCUGGAGGGCUGAUUUCAAUUCUACUAGUGGCCCAGGCUCAAGGGACUCAUAAAGCUGUGCUUUCCAUAAAGCCUGAUAGACAUGUGUUCAUUGGAGAGAUUGUUACUUUCAGGUGUGAGGUACAGGUGAAUGGUUCUCAAUGGACAUACAGCUGGUAUAAAAAUACAAAGAGUUUCAUAGAUGGAGGAAUUCGAGUCUCCAUAGACAGUAUAAUGCCAAAUCUUAUCAUUUGGUCUGUAAAACAUACUGACAGUGGGAACUACACCUGCAGGGGAAAGAGACAAGACUCUCAGAGAUUAGAGAUAAGUGAUACAUUUACAUUGACUGUAUCAGGAAAACCAAAACCAACUUUGAGAGUGAAUCCUCAGAGCUUAGUUUACACUGGAGACACCGUCACUCUGAUCUGUGAGCUGCAGCAGGGGACUGGAUGGGAGUUUCAGUGGUACAAAAACCUGAGAAUUCAGCAUCAGAACACUGAACAUCCAAACAUACUUAAAGUGACAGCAGAAAAUGCAGGAGAAACAGUGUACCAAUGUCGUGCACACAGGAUAAAUUACAACUCAAAAUAUUAUCACACUGAUCUCAGUGAUCCUGUGAGCAUUACAGCCAAAGAAGCUCCAUUCUCAGUGCUCAUGUUGAUCAGUAGUGUAGUGACGGCAUCUCCAUAUCUGCUGAUCACCAUCAUUCUGCUGGUCAAAUGUUACAGAGCUCGAGCUCACACUGAUGAAGACAGAAUUGAGAAUGCAAUCAUAGAGGAGCACACAGGAAUAGUGUUGAUGUCACUUAUACCAGUGGUCCAGACUCAAGGGAAUGGUAAAGCUGUGGUGUCCAUAAAGCCUGAUACACACGUGUUCAUUGGAGAGCGUGUUACUCUCAGAUGUGAAAUACAGGGAGGAGGCUCUGAGUGGGAAUACGGCUGGUAUAAAAGUAAUAACAAAUUUACAGACAGCACAAAACAGACGAUCAGAAUCCAGUCUGUUGGAGACUCUGACAGUGGUGACUACACCUGCAGAAGACUAUGGGAUUCCUCUCAGAGAUCAGAGACCAGUGAUGCUGUUACACUCACUGUAUCAGCUAAACCCAAAGCGACUGUGAGAGUGAAUCCUCAGAGCUCCGUCUACACUGGAGACACCGUCACUCUGAGCUGUGAGCUGCAGUCCAAUGGAUGGGAGUUUCACUGGCACACAGUUAACCAGCAGCAGCUUCAGUAUAUUGAACAAGCAAAAACACUUACAGUGAGAGUCGAUAAUGAAGAAGAAACAGAGUACUGGUGUAGUGCAUGCAGGAAAAACUACUAUGAUGAUGACUACAGCAACAACUACUACUAUUACUACACAGAACGGAGUGAUUAUAUGUGGAUUACAGGAAGUGAAAGACCCAAACCAGUGGCAUCUAUAAAUCCUGAUAAACAGGUGUUCAGUGGAGACACUGUCACUCUGAGAUGUGAGAUACAGGAUGAAAGUGUAUCUAGGUGGCAGUACAGCUGGUAUAAAGAUGCUUCACUCAGUCCUGUCAGUAGUGUACAGAUGUACAGAAUUCGUUUUGUUAGAGUGACACACACAGGUAAAUACACCUGUAAAGGAAGAGAGAGUGGAGGCUCACGAUCCUCACACCUCAGUGAUGCUGUUACACUGACUGUAUCAGAGAGACUACAGGCAGUACUGAGUGUAUCUCCACAGAACUGGCUGACUGAAGGAGACUCAGUGACUCUAAGCUGUGAGGUUACAGACUCCUCUACAGACUGGACAUUCAGCUGGUACACAGUUGUUCCCCACAGAGACGGUGUAACUCAAAUAAAAAAUACUGACUAUGUCAUGUAUGUGGAGCUUCUCUCAAACAACAGCAGAGGAUCUGGAGGCUCCUAUACUCUCAGUCCCUCUGCUCUUCAUCACACAGGAGUUUAUGUGUGUAGAGGAGAGAGAGGAGAACCAGUCAGUCACACACUGUACAGCAAUCCACAGCCUCUAUGGAUCUCUGGUGAAUCUCCUCCAGUGUCUCUGAUCAUCAGUCCCAGCAGAACUCAACACUUUACUCGUGACUCUCUCUCACUGAGCUGUGAGGACCAGAGUAACUCUACUGGAUGGACAGUGAGACGAUACACAGACAGUGAAGGAGUGUUAGAUUGUUCACAGUGGGGAUCAGUUACAGGAUCUACAUGUAACAUCAGCUUCCUCUCCACAUCCUACACUGGAGUUUACUGGUGUGAGUCUGAAUCUGGAGAAAACAGUAAUCCUGUCAACAUCACAGUUCAUGAUGGUGAUGUGAUCCUGGAGAGUUCUGUCCAUCCUGUGACUGAGGGACAUCUUCUGACUCUACACUGUUUAUAUCGCAGCACAAAGCCCUUAAACUUCCAAACUGAUUGCUGUAAAGAUGGAUCAGUCGUCCAGAACCAGACUACAGGAGAGAUAAUCAUCCAUAAAGUCUCAAAGUCAGAUGAAGGUUUCUACCACUGUAAACACCCAGAGAGAGGAGAGUCACCGAGAAGCUGGAUCUCAGUCAGACGUCCAUCACAUGUAGAAGCUCCAUUCUCAGUGCUCAUGCUGAUCAGUAGUGUAGUGACGGCAUCUCCAUAUCUGCUGAUCACCAUCAUUCUGCUGGUCAAAUGUUACAGAACUCAAGCUCACACUGAUGAAGACAGAAUUGAGAAUGCAGUCAUAGAGGAGUGAAAAGUUCAUCUAUUUAAAAAAA